CUUAUAUCCUCCUCUUUGGCCUUAAUUGUUUCUUUCUCAUUUUUGCAUAUCUCCAUUUUUUAAAUUUGACCUGUCACAGAAAUCUACAUUCAGUGCUGAAAGCCUUACCAAGUGUGGUUAUUUUAAAGUUAAUAGCAUAUGUAGGUAGUCAAUAUGUGGUACUUUUAUCCUUUAUAUUAACAACCUAAUUUGUGUUAAUGCUCAAAGCAGAGCAUUUACUCGUCCGUUCUGACUUGGCCUGCACUUACCCAGUUGUAUGUCAGCCUGAAUUUAAAGGUAUAACACAAUACUUUGUUUCUGAAAAAGGUGUUGGAGAACCAUCCCCAAAUGCCUACAUAUUAGUGUUUUUAUAAGAUAAUAAUGUACUUAUUGAUGCUAGGCAGUGAGUAAUUUAAUUCUCUGAUAAUUAGAAAUGAAAUUAUAGAAUAAUGGAGAAGUAAGAACAAGAUGUAUCACAAAAUAUGAACAAAGUUUUUUAUGGAAAUAGAGAUGGUAAGGUUGUUACUUCUAUUAAGAAUCUUAUGGUUGAAAGAAGUAUAUUAACUGCAGCUAUAAGACUGGGAUAGCAAUAUGUUAAUUAAAGUAUCGAUUUAUGUGUUUUUAAUGCUGCAGUUCAGAUUUGUGCCUUAACUUACCAAGUUAUUUAAGAUAAUGUUGAUAUUCUAAAAAGAAAAGUAUACUAGUUUAUUAUUAAUUUCGUAAUGCAAUAUUCAUGGUCUGUCGUUCUGCAGUCAUUGCAGUGAUAUCAAAAGAAAUGCAAAUGACCUGAGGAAAUUAUAGUGACAAAUGUAAACUUACUAUUUUAUUAUUUGUUUAUUUGGAGCAAUUUAAAUUGUUUUUAACAGUGAAUGAUGUAAUAUUUUUUCCAAAAUUCUCAGCAACCUAGGAUCAUUAAAACUGUUGUACAAAUCCCGAUGGUUCUUUGUUUUCCCCAUCCAUGUCACACUAUGCUCAGCAGUUUUCAUGGGUUUUUUGUAAGGCAGUACCUAAGAAACUUUAAAGCAAGAAGCCUUCCUGACAGAUUUGGAGUAUUUGACAUAUUAUGUUGCUUCAUUCUCUUCCUUGUUUUAGCCAUACAUACAAAUAAAUACAGGUUAUCUCUUGUCUGGCAAGGAGAAGGAAACAAUACCCUGCUUCCCUUAAAAAUUGCUUUUACAGAGAAGGCGAAUUAUGGAAAGCUGUCAUAGGCCACAUAUACCAGCAUGACUGUGCAGUAACAAUGGCAAUUAUCAGUUGCAGGUUGCUCGUAGAGUGAAGGAAGAUAUUGGAAAGUAUGCAAAAAGUAGUGGAAGCUAAGCAAUGAAAGGAAGUUUUAACUAGUGCUGUGGUGAUUACAUUCAGAGAGACGAACAACAAAGCAAUGAGGAGCCAGAUGGAAGAGGGAGGAUAAAGCAUAGAGCAAAUAUAGGUAGCAUAAAACCUUAGGAAGACGGCCAAACCAUCCUUCAUGAGCUUAGAAAAGCAAACUGUUUACAGACAGUCCAUAACAGCAAGCAUCUGAGGAAAAUGAAUAUUGGCUUGUGGCAAUGAAAACUAGAACGCAGAUGCCCUUGGUUCUUAGAAAUGAGUAGAAAGAAAAGAAAAAGCUGCAAGAGCAGAAAGAGCUCAGAUUCCAGAGAAUAUGCACAGUUGUCACCCAUUUGCAAAUGCCAGCAAAGUGUAGGAAGCCUUGAAAAUAAAGCACAUGAGGCUCUGUCUCACUUCACAGAGCCACUGGAUGUAAAGGGUGCUGAAGAAGAUGGAAAAGAUCAUGAAAACAAAAAUCAGAGUAGCUCAGAUGCUUCUGAAGAUAGAGACCUUGAUAAUGCAUCAGACUUUGAAAAAGAAGGGAAGAAGGAAAAGAACUGCACUCAUAAAAUGAUCUCACCUCAGCAAGAUGAAAUCCUGGCUACAGUAACUAUUGGUGAGUCAGAGGGCUCAUCCAAAGGAAAAAUUACACUGUGGAGCAAGCCGGCUUCUUCAGACUCUGUUAGGUUGGCCACUGGAAAAAUUUCUGCAGAGGCAAAAUAUGGCUCUUUUAAUAUGAAACUAGAAAUUAAGAAUAUUUCUUUGUUUGAUUCUGAAACAAAAGUUUGGGAUGAAGAAAGAAAAAGUUCAAAGAAAAAGAAACGUCAUGAAAGACAAUGCCGGAAAAGUCAGUGUUCAAAAUGUUCAAAGUACAAGUGCCCUUUAACUGAACACUCAGCAGAACACAGGGGGAAAUAUAAGGAAUCCUCUAUACAUAAAAUUCAAACUGCCAUCAAUGAAAGUCCCUCCCUGGAAAUGAACAUCGAAACAGAAGGCAUUCAAGUGGAAUAUACCAGCAGAAGUAAAAAUCUGAAGGUUAACGUCAAAGCUGGUGAGCAGCCACAGAGCAAACCACUCAACAGGGAACACGAAGAUACAUACUGGAGUGAAACAGAUUAUUCUGUCACAGAGGCACUGUGUAACACAGACUGUGAGUCAUUGUUUAGCUUUCAUGAAAAAGCAGAUUAUACAUUCCCAGAUGGAUAUGCACUUCUCCCUCCACCUAAAGAAUUUGCUGACUGUGACAAAAUGCACCUGGAUACAAUUGCAGAAGGCAUAUCUUCGUACCCUGUUAAUAGCAGAAAGGAAUCUGAUGGUCUCACUGCAGCCUUGAGUAUUUGGGGGGAAGAAAAUUAUUUCUGUAAACUUAACACACAGGACUAUGAAGACCAUACCAAUGAAAAGGAAGAUUUUUCUAAGGAUAAAAUACUUUUCUCAAAAAUAAAUAAUAGUAAUUGUCUUGUAGCUAUUAAUACCUUGCAUAAUCCAAACAAAGGGAAAGAAUGUGUUAGUAAGAGCAAUGUAUUAUGUCAAGAAAGAAAUAACUGUGACAAACACAGAGACAGAGGAUCAAAAACAGCAAGAAGAAAGUCUUUCCCAGAUACUACCCUGGAGGUACCUUCACCAGUUCACCCUAGAAGGGAUUCUGGCUUUUACUCACUGCCAUCCUUAAAUGUAUUGCUUAAGGAGACCAAAGCAGGAGAUGUGCAUAACAGGAAUUCACAUAUUCCUACCAAACAUAAGGAACUUGUUAAGUGUCCUGACUUCACCUCCUCUCUGACAGAGCUUUGCAAGUAUCCCGACUUGACCUCCUCACUGAGAAAUUUGAGAAGUCUUAAGUCCUCAUAUCAGUAUGCUUUGACAUCAUUUGAUCAUCAUAUCACCAUUUAUCCAUCUGAACCUGAAGAAGGUGUCUGUCUAGAUGGCACUUGUUUACUGAAAGAUUGUGCAGACUGUGUGGGGCAAGAUGAAGAAACAGAAGAAACAUUAAUGGAGAGUCUUCAUUCCAGUGGUACUAUACCUGACAAAAGAGAAAAUUACCAUGAAGAGCCUCUGGGAAGCCUAUCCAUGUGGGAAGAAGACUCAGAGUCUACUGAAGCUUUUGAUAAAGAGAAAUCAGAGUACAACUCCGUAGAAAAGCAUGUUGAAUGGCAAAACAAAGCUCACUUGGUACAAACCUCUCCACUUUCUACAAGCCCUUCAGGUGAAUUCAUAAAUGACAAAGAAAGUACUAAUUAUACAUCUACAGAAAGCAUUCCAAAACAAUGUUCAGUUUUACAGUUAAAUGUUCACCCACCUUAUGCAGAGUCUGAGGUAACAAAUAAAAGGAGAGAGUCAAUACUGACUGACUUCUCCAGUGGAGAAGUAGAAGGAAGACUUGUCCAAGGCAACGCUACAUUGAUACCUGAAUGUUUUGGCUCUGCAGUGAAGAAAGAACCUAACCUUACGUGCAAUAUACAAGAAAAAUUCUUGCUAUCAUCCUUGUUGUUGGAUUGCAAAGAGAAAGACAUGAAUAAAGCAUUGGAAAGCCUUUCUGAGGUACAGGACAUAGCUGGAGAUGUCCUUGUUGAAUCUGAUUGCCAUAAUAAUUCAGCACAGGUCUUCAGAUUUUCUACCUCUUCAGUAUGCACAGGAAAGAAAGACAAUUUCACAGAACAUUUAAACAUUAAGCAAAGAUUGGAGAACUCUUGCAGUAAACAAUCGAUUGAUGACAGUUUAAGGAGAGAGCCUGGAGUAAAUCAACUACCUCUCUUAGUCAAGUCCAACUUCGAAGAAAUUCAAUCAAAUUUUGAAAUGAAAGAAGAUUAUUAUGAGACUGAAGGUAUCUCAUCAUCAGUAAAACAUAUUAGUCAGAAAGACUUGAAAUCAGAAAUGAAUAAAACCAGAAAAUUGCCUUUGAAGAAAGACACCAGAGCAAGUGACAGUUCCCAGGAAGAUGCAGUAGACCAGUGGGCCAGAAGACGGAAACAGUUCAAAGACAGCAAAAAGUGCAGUUCAACUGGAGGAAGCUCCAUAAACAGCACAAUCACUGAGGGGUCAAUAAAUUCAGAGGAUGCUCGAUCAGUAGAUCUGGGACUAUGUUCUGGAAAUGAGGACAGAGGUUUUUAUACAGAAAACUUUCAUUCUGCUUCCUGGGUUUUCAGAGGAGAUGAUGUCUCUCCAGAUAACAGUCCUAGAUGUCUCAGCAAAAGACCUAGACCAGUGGCAAUUCGAGAAAGAACAGUGAAGAUCGCUAAAGGAACUGGCAAUUACCCAUGGGGUUUCAGGAUCCAGUUCUCAAAGCCUAUCCUGGUGACUGAAGUUGACACAAAUAGUGCAGCUGAAGAAGCAGGGCUUCAAGUUGGGGAUAUUCUGAUAGCAGUAAAUGGAACUGAUGUCACCAGCAUGCCACAUUCAGAAGCUGCAGAUCUGGCAAGGAAAGGUCCUGAUAUCCUGACUAUGAUAGUGGGAUCAGACAUCAGCCGUUACCCCAACACCCCCAAACCUACCUGCCGAGGAUAUCUGCACAAACGAACACAAUCAGCAAUACUGAAGGGCUGGAGAAAGAGGUGGUUUGUACUGAAACAUAAUGGUUACCUGCACUAUUAUAAACACAAGAAGGAUGAAGGGAAGUGCAGACCCCUGGAAGUAACAAAGCUGGAAGGAGCAGAAAUUGGUGUCGACACCAGUCUGGGUAAACCAUUUGUUUUUAAAUGCAUACCUCAAGCUGGAAACAGGAUUUUUUACUUCUGUGCAACUUCCAAUCAAGAAAUGAAGAGGUGGCUGGAGGCUAUGGAUAAAGCAGUGCAUCCCAUCCAUCAGAACCAUGUGUGGGUAGAUGUCACACUGCAUAACACUACACUCCCACCACUGGCUAUCAAGAACCCUGAGUGCUUGGGGCUUCUCCACCAGCUAGACAGGAGCAAAGAUGUCUGGAUUCAGCACUACUGCAUUCUGAAGGAUGGUUGUUUGUACUUUUAUGCCACUCUCCGGUCUACACCUGCCCAAGGUGGCCUUUACCUGCAGGGCUAUAUUGUGAGUGAACAGUCCCUGGGCUCCAAGAGAUCUGUCAUUGAGCUCAAACCUCCAUCUGAAGAAUUUAAAACUUUUUACUUAUGUGCAGAGAAUGUAAAUGAAAACAAAAGGUGGAUUACAGCUUUGAAAGCUUCAAUUAAUAAAUGGUUACCCCUACACCAGGCAAUCCAGGAUUUCAUGAACAGACCCCUGGAGGAGACAAGGAUGUGAGAAAAAAGCUCAGGUUUUCCUGUGUUCUCUGUUUUGCAUUUAAAAUUCCGUGCUAUAUCUUUUGAGUCAUCUCAAGAGAUACUCCAGUAGCAGCUAAUCUUUAGCUUUGCUAUACAUUCAGAACUUUUGUAAACAUUAAAAAU